AUGUACGUGAGCUACCUCCUGGAGAAGGACGGGCCCAUGUACCCCGGCCCGGUGCGGCACUCGGGGGGGCUUAACCUGGCGGCGCAGAACUUCGUUGGUGCCCCGCAGUACGCGGACUACGGCGGGUACCAUGUGAACCUCGACGGCGCCCAGUCCCCGGGGCCGGCCUGGCCCGCGCCCUACGCCGCCCCGCUCCGCGACGACUGGGGCACCUAUGGCCAAGGGGCACCGCCGGCCGCCGGCGCCGUCCAUGGCCUCAACGGGGGCUCCCCCGCCGCCCCCAUGGCCUACAGCCCCGCCGACUACCACCACCACCACCACCACCCGCACGCCCACCACCACGCCGGCCCCGCGCCCCACUGCUCCGCCGGGGUCAUGCAGCCCCUCAACGCCGCCAGCGCCGCCGCCAGCGCCGCCCCCGAGCCGCUCUCCCCCGGUGGGCAGCGCCGCGGCCUCUGCGAGUGGAUGAGGAAGCCGGCGCAGCCCCCGCUCAGCAGCCAGGUUAAAACCAGGACGAAAGACAAGUACCGCGUCGUGUACACCGACCACCAGCGGCUGGAGCUGGAGAAGGAGUUUCACUACAGCCGCUAUAUCACCAUCAGGAGAAAAGCGGAGCUGGCCUCCAACCUGGGGCUGUCGGAGAGGCAGGUGAAAAUCUGGUUCCAGAAUAGGCGGGCGAAGGAGAGGAAGAUCAACAAGAAGAAGCUGCAGCAGGCGCAGCCCGGCGGCGCGGAGCCCCUCAGCCCCAGCGCCUCCUUGCAGGGUCCCGCGGCGGGGGCGGCCGCCGCCGGGCUGGGCCCCGCCGCCCCGCAGUGACAGCGGCCGGGGACAGCGGCGCAGGGACUGCUGGAGGACGCAGCGGAUCGGGCCGGGCCGGGGGCACGGCGGCAGUGGCCCCCCCCGAUGCACUACACCGCCCCGCGGGGCCGGC